AUGUAUUCAAAAAAGAUACGAAAAUCGGGUGCGUUUUAUCGAACCCGCGAUAGAAGACGCGAAAUGUUUGACCAAAAGUGGCGAGAUGAGCAUGGAGAAACAAGCGGUGAAAACAUGCAAACAAGUGGUUCAGCCAACGAAACCAAUUAUCCAGACCUUACGGCAAAUGAAGGCAACGAUGCUGUGGGAACUGUAGCCAGUAACAUGGAUCCAGAGCAAUCUUAUUCAAGUAACGAUGAUUCUAACGUAGAGGAGGAGUUAGACAUAGAAGAAAGAAGUUUCGAAGACAAACUACGUAUUUGGGCACUUUUGACUAACCAAACUCAUCGGGCGUUAAACUCAUUAUUGAAAAUAUUACGUGAUGAACUAGACAGUACCGAUGUACCUAAGGAUGCUCGAACAUUAUUAAAAACCCCGACCAACAUCACAGCAGAUGAUUCAGCCCUGAAAGUAACAAAUAUUCAGGGAGGUCAACUUUGGUAUCAAGGCAUUGAUUGUUGUUUGCAGCAGCACUACAGUGAAGCAACGCCGAAUUUACAAACUUUAAAGCUAGAUUUCUUUAUGGAUGGAAUCCCACUCCAUAAGAGUGGGCCAACUGAGUUUUGGCCGAUACUCAUGAAAGUGUUUGGUGAAUCUAGUGAAGAUGUGCUGGUCGUUGCAGUAUAUUGUGGAGAUACGAAACCACAGUCCGUGGAGGAGUACCUAAGAACAUUUGUAAAUGAGCUGAACAACUUGCAGGAGAACGGCAUAAUGGUUAACGGCCGCAGAUAUGAAAUAAUGUUGCGAGCAAUCAUUGCAGAUACUCCGGCUCGUGUAUUUAUUAAAGGUGUCAAAUCAUUCAACUCGUCUAGUGGCUGUUUGAAAUGCACUGUAAAGGUCAUAAAAGAUCGGGAAACGAAACGAUCCUACUAUGAUGGAAUUAACGGACAGCCUCGAACAGAUGAGCUAUUCAAAGCGAAGCAUUAUAAAACUCACAUAAAAAAUGACACACCUCUUACCGAUCUGCAUAACUGUGAUAUAAUUAAAAGUAUAAUUAUUGCUGACGAUCUACAUCUAUUUCAUUACGGAGCUAUAAGAAAACUAUUGAAAGGUUUUACGCAGGGUAAUUUUGGAAAUGAGCCUAAGCUUACUUUCAAACAUCGUAACGAGAUUUCUUCUUUUUUACGAAUGCUAAAAUUACCAUGUGAGAUUCCUCGCAAAAUGCGAGGCCUAAAUUUGUUAAAAAUAUGGAAAGCUUCUGAAUUUCAAAGCUUUCUUCUCUACGCUAGUGUGGAAGUUCUUAAAGGGCGAAUAACUGAUAGAGCUUAUAAUCAUUUUAUGUUACUGUUUUGUGCCGCAACUUUUUUUUCAUCUCAUGUCUACGAAAAUUAUUGGGAAUAUGCAGGAAGACUCUUAGAUCUGUUUGUAGAAGAUUUCCCGGAAGUAUAUGAUAAAACGCUUUUAUCUAGCAAUAUACAUAACCUGCAUCAUGUGUAUGAAGAUGUUCGUGAAUUUGGACCUUUGCCUACAAUAUCAUCUUACAUUUAUGAAGGUCAUCUACAAAACAUGAAACGAGUUACGCGCAGUAAAAAAAAAUGUUUAGAACAAAUAAGAAAUAGAAUCAAGGAACUAUGUUAUUUAAAUUCAGCAAAGAAAAAACCAAACUCAAAAUUUCCUUUUAUCAAGAUAAAAGGCAAUAAUACCGUGAUGCAUAUAAAUCGAAAUUUUAUACUCAGAAAUGAUCAGAGAAACCAAUGGUUUAUGACGAAAGAUAAUUCUAUUUUUCUAUAUAGUUCAGCGAUAGAAACUUCCACGGGCAUACUUAUUCAAGCAAAAAAAAUUGAUUCUAAAAGUAUUAGUUUCUCCCAACCAUGUCCUUCAUCCUAUUUAAAUAUUUAUGAUGCAAAUAUGGUAGAUCUUUCUAAUGUUUUUAUUACAAUCCCCGUUUCGGAUGUGAAAUGCAAACUAGCUGCCAUACCGAAAACAAUGACUAACAUAAUGGAUAACAUCUCAUAUAAGUUUAUUCCUGUAUAUAAUACAUUUUUGAACACAUGAAACCUUAAAAUUAUGUAAAUUCCUGCUUGACGAUUUUCAUUUGUUAAUUUACCAAAAAAUAAACGAUGCGGAUAACGUGAAAAAAUAUGUUUUGUCAAUUCAUUUAAUUUAUUAUAAAUUCUGUUCAUCACAUAAUUCAAGCUGUUACUUUACUUUAGAGAUCUUUAGAGAUACUUUACGUU